AUGACCUGCCCAGCGAGUGGUGCAUUCUUUGGCCAAGAUGCACAAUACAACGGCCUUCAGCCCAGCUACACCGACAAUAUUGAUGGCACUGUGACGGAUGCAAAUACCGGUCUCAUGUGGCAAAAGGAUCCAGGGUCCAAAAUGCAGUAUGCUGAUGCAGUAGCAGCUGCCGGCAGCUUCACCUUGGCGGGUCAUAGUGAUUGGAGGGUGCCAAGCAUCAAGGAGUUGUACUCUUUAAUUCUGUUCAGUGGACGAGAUGUCUCUGGGGUUCAAAGUACAGACGCAUCAGCUUUGACUCCCUUCAUCGACUCCUCCUUCGGCUUUCAGUAUGGCAAUGUGACCGCAGGGGAGCGCGUCAUCGACUCUCAGUGGGUCACCUCCAAUGUCUAUGUUUCCACCGUGAUGAACCAGCAGGAGUGCUUCUUUGGUGUCAACUUCGCGGAUGGUCGAAUCAAGUGUUACCCCACCUCCUCCAAUGCAGAUCCGGCCUCUCCCAGCGGAAAUUCACCUGGUGGUGGAUGUACCGAGGGCUCUGGCCCUUGUGCGGCUGGAGCAUGUCCUGAUGGUCCACCUCCGGAUGGCUUGUGCCCAGAUGGGUCCAAGCCGCCGCCGCCCAGUCGACGACUGGCGUCGCUGGGAUAUUUUGCCAUCUAUGUACGCGGCCCGGCGUAUGGAGAGAAUCAGUUUGCAAAGAUUGAAAAUGCCAACAAUUCAUCCAGCUCUGUCAUUAGUGAUGCAGCCACCAACUUGACUUGGAUGCUUGAAGAUAGUGGCCAAGGGCUUUCCUGGCAAGAGGCUCUUGCAUACUGUGAGAGUUCCUCACAUGCUGGCUUGACAGACUGGCGACUGCCAAAUGCGCACGAACUGCAUACCAUUGUGGACUACAGCCGCUCCCCAGACACCACGAGCUCAGCGGCGAUCGAUCCGCUCUUCGCAGUGAGCUCCCUGACGAAUGAGGCCGGACAGACAGACUACCCCUUCUAUUGGACCAGCACAACGCAUGCGACAGAGGGACCAGUGGAGGGUGGCUAUGCCGUGUACAUCGGCUUCGGCCGGUGUCUUGGCAAGAUGAAUGAUCAAUGGAUCGAUGUUCAUGGUGCUGGCUGCCAGCGGAGUGAUCCAAAGACAGGAGAUGCUACGAGCUAUCCCGACGGGCACGGCCCCCAAGGGGAUGCCGUAAGAAUUCAGAACCAUGUUCGCUGUGUGCGGACUGGUACCCUUUCCUCAAGCACUGACCCCAUCUCAAUGUCCAGGGCCGGCGAGGCCAGGUUUUGGGGGUUCUUGGCUGCUUUGCUGCCUCUGAGUGGUUUCUGA